AUGAGGCGGUCUAGAGAGAUUCUACCCUUAAUUACUCUAGGACUGGGGUCCUUGAUCACAGGCCUCCCCACAGAAGAGAACAUGGUCGAAAACAUGACGACUAUGAAAAAUAUUAACGAAAGAUGUUGCCCUUAUUCAAAAAUGCAGUAUCAAGUCAACGCGGCUAUGCACAAGCGUUUUCUGAUGGAUUCCAUGGCCUCUCCAAUUGAUAAUUUUGAGAAAGGUAAUCAGCGUGGACCUUGUCCUGGUCUGAACGCUUUGGCGAACCAUGGAUAUAUUCCUCGCAGCGGUGUCGUGUCUUUCACCGACGUAGUUGCUGCCAUUAAUGAAGGCGAUCCACAAGGCCUCAUUGGCUCCCACAAUUUUAUUGAAUCCGAUUCUUCCAAUACGCGCGAUGACCUCUAUACAGCCGGUAACAACCACGCCCUCAACAUGAGCAAGUUCAUGGAAUGGUACAACAUGUCCAUGGACGGCACAUUCAGUAUGGACCUGAUGGCGAAACGAGCGAAGAUUCGUUUGGACCAAACCAAGCAGACGAAUCCGGAAUUCUACUACGGGCCAGUGACCGGGUUGAUUGCGCGUAAUGCCGGUUAUCUAUUCCCGGCAAGGGUUUUUCGAAAUCAUUCACAAGAUAAUCCAGAGGGUGUUUUGACUAAGGAAAUAAUUCGUAAUUUCUUCGCCAUCUACGGCGAAGAGGGCAACUUCACCUAUCGAGAAGGAUGGGAGAGAAUCCCUGAGAACUGGUAUAAGACUCCAGUAGACUAUGGCCUGGUGCAACUCAACCUUGACACCCUCGACUGGCUCCUGAAGUACCCCGAGCUUGGAAGUAUUGGAGGGAACACUGGAACCGUCAACAGUUUCACAGGGAUCGAUUUGUCUGAUGCCACAGGUGGUGUCUUCAACCUAACUACGCUCUUGAGGGAGAACAACCUCCUCUGCUUUGCGUUUGAAGUCCUGAAGUUCCUCAGCCCUAACGCUCUCGCAGGCUUGUACAAGACCCUGUCUAUACCAUUGGAUGUGAUCAGUGAUGCGAUAACCAUACCAUUGUUGAACUUCUCAUGCCCUGCAUUCAAAGACAUGCAGAUUGGUGGAAAGCCAUUCUGGGAAUCUAUUCAAAGUGACUUUCCUGGGGCUGCGAAAAGUGGUGGCGCGAUUUGA